UGUUCUCCAAGAACGAACCGACAGACUGGGGCUCAGUGUUGACUCUUGCUGGGCGUCAUUCAGGGGCAGCAGCAGCGGAUGGGCCAGGAGGUGGGAGUCUGCGGGUCUCUGAUGUGGCCACUCCAUGUGUGCUGUCACACCCACUCUGGGGUGGCCUAUGACAGGCUUGCUAAUGUCAUGUCUUCGGGGUGGAUGCAUUCUAGUGGGUGUUUUCGUGUGAUCCAAAACCCAGCAGGCUGUGCCCACGGUCACGUGGCUAUCCACAUGGCUCCAGAGCUCCUUGUCUUCAUGUCCAGUCCUUUUCCUGCCAGGAUAUUGGCCACUACCCCUCAAUACACGAAUCACCCUACCUGAGCUACAUUUUUUUCCCACAUGAACUGCUCAACUGGAAUAGCCACUCCUGGAGACAGUCCCCCUGAGCAUGACGCUUGUGGACAGCCGUGUGCAGACCUGCCCCAUCCCCACUGCAUUGCCUUGGCCAAGCCAGACUCCUGCUCUGCACACAGGAUACCAAGCUCCUGUCUAGGCAGGGCCAAGGCCCUGUGAAUGGGUGCUAGUCACACUGGUCCGCUUGCCAGCCUCAGGGCUGGGCCAGGAGUGUGGCCAUUGAGAGAGUGGGCUCUGGGCCGUAUGUGACUUCAGGCAGGUGGCUCAAUGGACUUGCCUACCUUUAGGGGACUGAUGAGGCCAUGCACUUAAGUGUCACCUCCAGUCUGGCAUACUGGGUGUACGCACCUCCAGGGUCACCACCAGCUCUCUGGGCCACGUAUAAAGGAAGACCUCAAGGCUCAGAGAAAUUCAGUAACAUCUGAAGGUCACACAGCUGGGACCAGUGCCAGGCUCUGAAACCCAGGCCCUCCUCAAACUUCCCAUGAGGGUGCAAGGAGGUGACAAGCAGGACACAGUGUCCCAGUGCUAGAAACACUGUCAGCCCUGAUUGUGAUGGGCAUUUUCUGUCACCGUGGCAGUCAUCUACAGUUGCCCAAAAUAGCUGUGGGGCAAGUGAGGCCUGGGCUGCCCCACCAGCUACUGAAGGGCAGAGAGACCACCAGGAAAGCUCCUGCUCCCAGGGUCAUCUAGACAAUUGUGGGUCACAGGUGAGAAGUGGAGAGGGAGGGAGAAUGGCCAGGUAGGACUAUAGACCUUUUCAUUUUUGGCCCUGCUUGGGGUCCCAAUUUAUGUUCCCCAUUACAGGAUAGGGACACCGAGGCCCCAGCACCAGUGAGGGAGCAAACGGGGCCCCUCCGCGCUGUCCAGUUCCAUCUGCUGAGGCCUCUGUGGGGGGACGGAUCAGGGGCACUGUCUGUGGAGCUAGCCUCUGGGGGUGGUCAGGGAGGAACAUGGUCUGGGGGCAGCACCACGCAGCAGGGAGCUGCUGGCUGGGGAUAGGCUCCCCCAAAAGGCUGCUGGCUGGUGAGGCUGAUGGCUGGACCCAGUCCUGCAUCUCCUACCUUGACCACUUCCUACCUUGACCACUAGGGGCCGGGGGGAGGAGGAGUGGGGUAGGUUGAGGUGGACGCUGGUGGAGGGGUAUGAACACAGCCAGGUAGUCAGGGAGGACUUCUGGGAAGAGGAAGAGCUGGAAUCCAAACCCCUCCCCCACAGCAGGUGCCUAGAAGCCAGAAAGUAGCACUGGCUGGGGUCUUGGAUCUGGGGGUUCCUCUCUAUAACCAGCCUGAGGAGGAAGCCCAGCCCCACACUCCCCAAAGCUCCCAGGUGCCACUCUGGGCGAGGGGAGGGGAUCAGGAGGCUGCUGUGAGUGUGGCCGUGCCUGUUGCCAGUACCUGGGGUCUUCUCUGCAGCUCCUCCCACAGCACCCGCCACUCCCACACACCCCGACAGACAGGUGCGGUUCUGUCCCCUUUGAAGCACCUCUGAAGUGCGCUGCUCUCUCCCAGGGAACCGCCCCUUCCCUGUCUUCUGUCUGAUGUAUCCCAGCCUUGGUGUCUGUGUGUCUGAGUGUGGGCGUGUCUAUCUGUCUUCCGUGCGCGUCUCAGGCAGAAUAUGUCCUGGACCCUCAGAGGAAAAUGAGCACGUGUGUCUGGGGGUGGGGCACUGCCUCUCCCCAUCCCCCCAUCCCCUUCUGCAGGUGCCAACGCAGCCGCCGCUGCCCUGGUUGUGCCCAGCUCAGUGACCUCGUCUGUCUGCUGCAGCAGUGACCGCCCCCCGUGCCGCCCACUGGGGCCACCCGCCGCCGGGCUCCGAGGUCACCCUGGACCCUGCGCUGGGCCCUGCCCGCAGGAACACUGAGCCUCAGGGGCCCUGCAUAUGGCGGGUGGAGUGGACCCCUGGUCUGGGCACUCGCUCUCGGAGACCCCCUCCCAAUCCCUUCCCUUCCAGACGUUCAUUCCCCACCCCCAGACCCACGUUCCCAAAGCAUGAAACGAGAAGGGCGCGGCAAGGCAAGUUACCCAGAGCACGGGAGGGGGCGCCUCCCCUACACCCCCACCCCAGGUUCCCACAGGCAUCCGGACUCCCAGCAAGGGUCCGGCUGGGGUCACCAGGGUCGAGGGCACGGGGAGGCCAAGCAGGCCAGGGACCGGCUUCUGAGUGUGAGGGCCGGCCGACCGCAGGCAAGACCCCAGACCCGGACAUGCCGGGCUGGGCUCGCCGCCCGCCGCUGUGCGCACAGGGGAUGGGCUCCAGCCGCCCGGCGGGCACGCGGCGCUGUCCGUGGUGCUGCCGGCGCCGGGCGGGGCGGGAGCGGGGCGGGAUGGGGGCGGGGCGAGGGCGGCAGCCAAUGGCGGGGGCGCUCCCCGGGCGCGGGGGGCGGCGGGCUGGGCGCGGGGCGCACCCGGUUGCGCGCUGCGCUCGGGGUGCACGGUGGCGCCAGCAGAGGCUCGGGCUCCGGCUGCGCUCCGGCUCCUCUCCAGCUGCGGCUGCCUCGCCGCUGGCCCCCCUGGACUCGGAAUCCGGCCCGGCGCCCCAGGCACCGCCCGCCCGGCUCCGGCCCCGGCUCCGCGGACCAUGCGCCAGGCGCAGUCCGGGGAACCACACCGGGCCGAGAGCCCGCAAAGACGAGACUCCCGGGCCGGAGCUCCUCCCGACUGCCCGGCUCUCGAACUGCACCCGGCCCCGCGUCCCGGCGCCGCGUGAACCUGCGGGGCCAUGGAGCGCGCGCCGCCCGACGGGCCGCUGAACGCGUCGGGGGCGCUGACAGGCGAGGCGGCGGCGGCGGGCGGGGCGCGAGGCUUCUCCGCCGCCUGGACCGCGGUGCUGGCUGCGCUCAUGGCGCUGCUCAUCGUGGCCACGGUGCUGGGCAACGCGUUGGUCAUGCUUGCCUUCGUGGCCGACUCGAGCCUCCGCACCCAGAACAACUUCUUCCUGCUCAACCUCGCCAUCUCCGACUUCCUCGUGCCUUCUGCAUCCCUCUGUAUGUGCCCUACGUGCUGACCGGCCGCUGGACCUUUGGCCGGGGCCUCUGCAAGCUGUGGCUGGUGGUGGACUACCUGCUGUGCACUUCCUCUGUGUUCAACAUAGUGCUCAUCAGCUACGACCGCUUCCUGUCGGUCACCCGAGCCGUCUCCUACCGUGCCCAGCAGGGCGACACGCGGCGGGCAGUACAGAAGAUGCUGAUGGUGUGGGUGCUGGCCUUCCUGCUGUAUGGACCAGCCAUCUUGAGCUGGGAGUACCUGUCUGGGGGCAGCUCCAUCCCUGAGGGCCAUUGCUAUGCUGAGUUCUUCUACAACUGGUACUUCCUCAUCACGGCUUCCACUCUGGAGUUCUUCACACCCUUCCUCAGCGUCACCUUCUUCAACCUCAGUAUCUAUCUGAACAUCCAGAGACGUACCCGCCUCCGGUUGGAUGGGGCCCGAGAGGCCACUGGCCCGGAGCCCCCACCCGAGGCCCAGCCCUCACCACCCCCGCCGCCCCCGGGCUGCUGGGGCUGCUGGCAGAAGGGGCAUGGGGAGGCCGUGCCACUGCACAAGUGUGGGGCAGGCGAGGCUGGGCCUGGUGCUGAGGCUGGGGAGGCAGCCGUGGCCGGCAGCGGUGGGGCGGGUGCCGUGGCCUCACCCACCUCUAGCUCUGGCAGCUCCUCCAGGGGCACUGAGAGGCCGCGCUCACUCAAGAGGGGCUCCAAGCCGUCAGCGUCCUCAGCCUCGCUAGAGAAGCGCAUGAAGAUGGUGUCCCAGAGCUUCACUCAGAGCUUCACCCAGCGCUUCCGGCUGUCGAGGGACAAGAAGGUGGCCAAGUCCCUGGCUGUCAUCGUGGGCAUCUUCGGGCUCUGCUGGGCCCCAUACACACUGCUGAUGAUCAUCCGCGCAGCCUGCCACGGCCACUGCAUCCCCGACUACUGGUACGAGACGUCUUUCUGGCUCCUGUGGGCCAACUCGGCUGUCAACCCUGUCCUCUACCCCCUGUGCCACCACAGCUUCCGCCGUGCUUUCACCAAGCUGCUCUGCCCACAGAAGCUCAAGCUCCAGCCCCACAGCUCCCUGGAGCACUGGAAGUGACCCCCGCCCCGCCACCCACAGCCACACCCACUCACCUUGGUGUCCUGGGUGGCCGGGCCAUGAUGCCCCACAGUGCGCCACGCCUCGUCUGAGCACGCCUGGCUGGCCUGCCACUCACAUCCUGGCUCCACCCUAGGAGGGACACUAGGGGGUCCCAGCCAUGCCACCCUACACCCACAGACAGCACGGUGGCCAGUGGUGUCUGCCCUUCACACAAUUACUGGUUGGUGUUCUUCCCGAAACACAUGCUUGGUGUGUGCCCCUCACCUCCUGCACGCGCACACCCCUGCACACACACACACCCACGCGCCGUCCUUCUCCCCAGACGAGCCCGGACGCUGGCUUGCUGCUGUCUCUUGCUCUCUUGCUCAAGUCUAGGGCCUGGCUCCCUCUUCCCUCCAACACUCUCUGCCACCCUUGUCAAGUGGCCUAGGGUCCGCGAAGCUGCUCUCUGCUUUUCCAUUCUGGGUGUUUUCAGGAGGAUGAAGAAGAAAACACGUCUGUGAACUUGAUGUUCUUGGAUGUUUAAUCAAGAGAGACAGAAUUACUGAGGAGCUCAGGGCUGGAUUGGCAGGUGUGGCUCCCACGCCCUCCUCUCUCUGCCGUGCUUCCGGCUGAGCUGUGCCAGCUGCUGCUGCCCGCUCCACCCCUGGUGGCUCUGAGUGCAGCCAAAGCCUGACAUACUGUCCUGGCCAGAGCCUGCCCCUGACUCUCAGCUGCUCAACCAGGACUUCUUUGGGGUUGUUGGAUAGAAGGGGCCGGCUGUGCUUUCAGGGUCCUGAGGCUGGCAGGGCAGCCAGCUGGAGAGCAGCCCAGGGAAUGCGGAGGAGGCCAUGACCAUGUCCUGUCACCUGUGCCAGGCACCCUGCAUGCCCCACGGCCAUGUGCCCGCUAUUCACCCUGCAAACUGCGAGGUUACAAUAAAGUGUA